AUGGUACCUGAAAUCCAACAGUUUGUCUCGUAUACAAUCAAAAAUGGAAGAAGCAUUAGAUUCUGGCAAGAUAAAUGGGUUGACAGGGGUUGUUUAAAGGAUCUGUUUCCUAUAAUUUAUAAAGCAUGUAGGCGGAAACAAGCAACCAUUGCUGAAAUGAUUAAUGGAGGUAGAUGGGAGGGAGCUUUUCACAAAAAUCUGGAUGCAAAUGAAAGAUGUGAAUGGGACUUACUAAGAAGAGAUUUAGGAGUUGUGCCAUCUCUGGUGGAGGAGAACGAUGAAAUUUCAUUCCCAGACAACUUUAGUGCAAAAACGAUUUAUGCUGCAAUGGAGAAUAAUACAGUGGAAUACAGGUAUGUUAAAUUUCUUUGGCUAAAGACCAUACCUAAUAAAGUGAGCUUUCUUCUCUGGGCUAUAUUCAAUGACUCGCUUCCUACGAGAAGUUUUCUUAGACACAGAGGAAUUGAACUGGAGAAUGAUAAAUGUGUGUUUUGUAACACUGAAAUAGAGAAUGCGGAGCAUCUUUUUCUCCACUGCAAUUUCGCUUUCAAAAUCUGGGAUUACUUUAUCAAGUCCUUCCAUAUUUCUUGGCCCAUUCCUGCCACUGUACUUCAACUCUUCGAAGCUUGGAAUUGGAACGUUCUGCAUGGGAGAAGUAAACAAAUAUGGGACAUCAUUCACUAUGCCUUAAUCUGGGUCAUUUGA